UAUUUUACGGCCAAGUCAGUUAUACAUGACUGGAAAAGAAAGCUUUUGAGAACCUGGAAGCGAGAAGAGACGAAGGAGAGACAAAGAGGGAGGAUCGUUUAGCGCUUUUAUUUUAUCAGUGUAUUUUGAUUGUCAUAUAAAUUGAAUUUGUUUGCCAUUGUAGAGUACCUAAACGCAGACACUCGGUUCUUGUUGAGAUGGCUGACAAAGACGAAGCCUUGAAGGCGGUGCUGAAGGAAGCUGUGGACUUGGAAAACGGACCGCUUGAGGAGGUUUUUCUGACGUUGAGAUGUGAUCGAAAUGGGCUUACAACGGCAGCUUCUCAAGAGAGGUUGGCCAUUUUUGGACACAACAAACUUGAGGAGAAGCAGGAAAGCAAGGUUCUGAAAUUCUUAGGAUUCAUGUGGAAUCCUCUCUCGUGGGUCAUGGAAGCUGCGGCAAUCAUGGCCAUUGCGUUGGCCAACGGAGGAGGGAAGCCUCCCGAUUGGCAAGACUUCGUCGGAAUCAUCACACUCUUACUAAUCAAUUCGACAAUAAGUUUCAUAGAGGAGAACAAUGCAGGUAAUGCCGCUGCAGCUCUUAUGGCUCGGCUAGCACCCAAAGCAAAGGUCCUUCGAGAUGGGAAAUGGGUUGAGGAGGAUGCAAGUAUUCUUGUUCCUGGCGACAUAAUUAGUGUGAAGCUCGGAGAUAUUAUUCCAGCUGAUGCUCGUCUUCUUGAUGGUGAUCCUUUGAAGAUUGAUCAGUCUGCACUUACCGGCGAAUCCCUUCCGGUGACGAAAGGACCUGGUGAUAGUGUAUAUUCAGGCUCUACAUGCAAACAGGGGGAGAUAGAAGCAGUUGUUAUUGCGACAGGAGUUCAUACCUUCUUUGGCAGGGCUGCUCAUCUUGUAGAUACAACAAAUCAAGUGGGGCAUUUUCAAAAGGUCUUGACUGCUAUUGGGAAUUUCUGCAUUUGUUCAAUUGCAGUGGGAAUGAUGAUAGAGAUUAUUGUCAUGUACCCGAUUCAACAUCGGAAGUAUCGUCCUGGAAUUGAUAAUCUGUUGGUGCUUCUUAUUGGAGGAAUUCCCAUAGCGAUGCCCACUGUUUUGUCCGUGACAAUGGCUAUUGGAUCCCAUCGUCUAGCUCAGCAGGGCGCUAUUACUAAACGAAUGACAGCAAUAGAAGAAAUGGCAGGCAUGGAUGUAUUGUGCAGUGAUAAAACGGGAACUUUGACAUUGAAUAAGUUAACAGUUGACAGAAAUCUUAUUGACGUUUGUGCAAAAGGAGUUGACAAAGAUACUGUAAUUCUCAUGGCAGCUCGUGCCUCUAGAGUGGAAAACCAAGAUGCAAUAGAUACUGCUAUUGUAGGGAUGCUGAGUGAUCCAAAAGAGGCAAGGGCUGGUAUUCAAGAGGUUCACUUCCUUCCAUUCAAUCCAACUGAUAAGAGGACAGCUCUGACAUACAUAGAUGGUAACGGUAAAAUGCAUCGUGUCAGCAAAGGCGCACCAGAGCAGAUUUUGAAUCUUGCACACAAUAAAUCAGAGAUAGAACGUAGAGUUCAUACUGUCAUUGAUAAAUUUGCAGAAAGAGGAUUACGAUCUCUUGCGGUAGCCUACGAGGAAGUUCCUGAUGGAAGGAAGGAGAGCCCCGGAGGGCCUUGGCAAUUUAUUGGCCUCAUGCCUCUGUUUGAUCCACCUAGGCAUGACAGUGCAGAGACAAUCCGAAGGGCAUUGAAUCUUGGAGUAAAUGUUAAGAUGAUAACAGGUGAUCAACUAGCAAUAGCAAAGGAAACAGGACGCCGUCUUGGGAUGGGAAUCAACAUGUACCCUUCAUCAGCUUUAUUGGGACAAAACAGGGACCCAGCAAUUGAUACUUUGCCAGUUGAUGAAAUGAUUGAAAAAGCUGAUGGUUUUGCUGGUGUCUUCCCUGAGCACAAAUAUGAGAUCGUAAAGCGCUUACAAGCUAGGAAACACAUAUGUGGAAUGACUGGCGAUGGGGUUAAUGAUGCCCCGGCUCUUAAAAAAGCAGAUAUUGGAAUAGCUGUUGCUGAUGCAACUGAUGCAGCUCGUAGUGCUUCUGAUAUUGUUCUGACAGAACCAGGUCUGAGCGUUAUCAUAAGUGCUGUCCUAACCAGUCGAGCCAUAUUCCAGAGGAUGAAGAAUUACACAAUCUAUGCAGUCUCCAUCACAAUCCGUAUUGUGCUUGGUUUCAUGUUAUUGGCCCUCAUAUGGAAAUUUGAUUUCCCACCAUUCAUGGUGCUGAUUAUUGCUAUCCUCAAUGAUGGUACCAUUAUGACAAUAUCAAAGGACAGGGUGAGACCAUCUCCACAUCCAGAUAGCUGGAAACUCACAGAGAUAUUUACCACUGGAAUUAUUGUUGGUGCUUAUUUGGCUAUGAUGACUGUCAUCUUCUUCUGGGCUGCAUAUAAAACAGAUUUCUUCCCUCGUACAUUUGGGGUUUCAAGCCUUCAAAAGAAGGACGAGGGUGACUUUAGAAAACUUGCGUCAGCAAUAUACCUGCAAGUCAGUAUAAUUAGUCAGGCCCUCAUAUUUGUUACCCGAGCCCGGAGCUGGUCUUUCGUUGAGCGUCCGGGUCUCUUACUUGUAACAGCUUUUGUUGUUGCUCAGCUGAUAGCUACACUGAUUGCUGUUUAUGCAAAUUGGAGUUUUGCUGCAAUUGAAGGGAUUGGAUGGGGUUGGGCUGGCAUUGUUUGGCUUUAUAACCUCAUCUUCUAUUUCCCUCUCGAUUUUAUCAAGUUUGUGAUUCGAUAUGCCUUAAGCGGCAGGGCUUGGGAUCUUCUCAUUGAACGAAAGAUCGCUUUUACCAGCAAGAAGGAUUUUGGAAAGGAAGAACGUGAACUUAAAUGGGCACACGCACAGAGGACCCUCCAUGGGCUUCACCCACCUGAUACCAAAAUGUUCAGUGAACGUGCAAGUCAUGCAGAGCUCAAUCAGAUGGCUGAAGAAGCUAAGAGACGAGCUGAGAUUGCUAGACUUAGAGAGCUCCAUACACUAAAAGGCCACGUAGAGUCGGUGGUUAGACUGAAAGGCCUUGACAUCGAUGCUAUUCAGCAGGCAUACACUUUCUGAGAUCACGUCGUUCCAUCUAAGGUUGAUUCGUGCGUUGAAGGCUGCUGUAUUGAGGAGUGAGAAUGGAUAUGAAAUUUGAAUGGCCACUUCCAGUUUUGGUGGACAAUCUGCUUACUGUUGUAGUUGUAGAUAUAUAUAUAUAUAUAUAUUUA